GUUUAACCAUCGUACUCAAAGAACACCCUGUCAGACUCAACUACAGAUUCUCAAAGACAGUAGACAGCUAAGCAAUCCAAAAUGCUGCAUCAACUUGUGCUGCUCUCUGCCCUUUGCGCCAUGAGCAUGACCCUGCCUUUACCUGAAUUUUACUCAUACUCCACCGCUGUUGGUGAAGGCAAUGGAAACGAAUUUUCCACUGCUCAUGACGGUCGCAUCAGGGGAAUCAGAGUUUAUGAAUAUUCCAACAAUGGAUACUACUAUAGCUAUAGUUACAUCAAUGGGAUCCAGCUAAAUUAUGACAGUAACUGGACAGAACUGGUUGGCGUGAAAUAUUAUGGCAAUGAAAGGGAGAUAACACUCUUCGACAAUGAACAUUUCAUUCAGGUCUCUGGAAAGUAUUAUUCUGGUUACAUCAGUGAGCUUCUGUUUGUCACUAACGAGGGGCGCUUUUUUAAAGUGGGGCAACCUUCUGGACUUUCAUUUAACUUCUACCCGACCCACGAUGGAAGUGAACUACGCUUCCUCAGCGGUCGCCAGAAUGGAUUUGCCCUCACCUCCAUUGGUGCUCAUUGGGCUGUCUACUAA